UAGUCCUAAACCCAUUAUACCCCAGCCCACAUGAUCCUAAACCCAUUAUACCCCAGCCCACAUGAUCCUAAACCCAUUAUACCCCAGCCCACAUAGUCCUAAACCCAUUAUACCCCAGCCCACAUAGUUCUAAACCCAUUAUACCCCAGCCCACAUAGUCCUAAACCCAUUAUACCCCAGCCCACAUGAUCCUAAACCCAUUAUACCCCAGCCCACAUGGUCCUAAACCCAUUAUACCCCAGCCCACAUGAUCCUAAACCCAUUAUACCCCAGCCCACAUAGUCCUAAACCCAUUAUACCCCAGCCCACAUAGUCCUAAACCCAUUAUACCCCAGCCCACAUAGUCCUAAACCCAUUAUACCCCAGCCCACAUAGUCCUAAACCCAUUAUACCCCAGCCCACAUAGUCCUAAACCCAUUAUACCCCAGCCCACAUGGUCCUAAACCCAUUAUACUCCAGCCCACAUGAUCCUAAACCCAUUAUACCCCAGCCCACAUAGUCCUAAACCCAUUAUAUCCCAGCCCACAUAGUCCUAAACCCAUUAUACCCCAGCCCACAUAGUCCUAAACCCAUUAUACCCCAGCCCACAUGGUCCUAAACCCAUUAUACCCCAGCCCACAUGGUCCUAAACCCAUUAUACCCCAGCCCACAUGGUCCUAAACCCAUUAUACCCCGGCCCACAUGGUCCUAAACCCAUUAUACCCCGGCCCACAUGGUCCUAAACCCAUUAUACCCCGGCCCACAUGGUCCUAAACCCAUUAUACCCCGGCCCACAUGGUCCUAAACCCAUUAUACCCCGGCCCACAUAGUUCUAAACCCAUUAUACCCCAGCCCACAUAGUCCUAAACCCAUUAUACCCCAGCCCACAUGAUCCUAAACCCAUUAUACCCCAGCCCACUUGGUCCUAAACCCAUUAUACCCCAGCCCACAUGAUCCUAAACCCAUUAUACCCCAGCCCACAUAGUCCUAAACCCAUUAUACCCCAGCCCACAUAGUCCUAAACCCAUUAUACCCCAGCCCACAUGAUCCUAAACCCAUUAUACCCCAGCCCACAUGGUCCUAAACCCAUUAUACCCCAGCCCACAUGAUCCUAAACCCAUUAUACCCCAGCCCACAUAGUCCUAAACCCAUUAUACCCCAGCCCACAUAGUCCUAAACCCAUUAUACCCCAGCCCACAUAGUCCUAAACCCAUUAUACCCCAGCCCACAUAGUCCUAAACCCAUUAUACCCCAGCCCACAUAGUCCUAAACCCAUUAUACCCCAGCCCACAUAGUCCUAAACCCAUUAUACUCCAGCCCACAUGGUCCUAAACCCAUUAUACUCCAGCCCACAUGAUCCUGAACCCAUUAUACCCCAGCCCACAUAGUCCUAAACCCAUUAUACCCCAGCCCACAUAGUCCUAAACCCAUUAUACCCCAGCCCACAUAGUCCUAAACCCAUUAUACCCCAGCCCACAUAGUCCUAAACCCAUUAUACCCCAGCCCACAUGGUCCUAAACCCAUUAUACCCCAGCCCACAUGGUCCUAAACCCAUUAUACCCCAGCCCACAUGGUCCUAAACCCAUUAUACUCCAGCCCACAUGGUCCUAAACCCAUUAUACCCCAGCCCACAUGGUCCUAAAGCCAUUAUACUCCAGCCCACAUAGUCCUAAACCCAUUAUACCCCAGCCCACAUAGUCCUAAACCCAUUGUACCCCAGCCCACAUAGUCCUAAACCCAUUAUACCCCAGCCCACAUGGUCCUAAACCCAUUAUACCCCAGCCCACAUGGUCCUAAGCCCAUUAUACUCCAGCCCACAUGGUCCUAAACCCAUUAUACCCCAGCCCACAUGGUCCUAAACCCAUUAUACUCCAGCCCUCAACGGUCAACACCACAAAAAAUAACCUGGAGAAGAGAGAGAAGGAGGAUGAUUAAGUAUUAGCCCAUCUCCAGCUUAAACUCCUCUAUCAUCUCUGUUCCUAAGAUCUCUCAUCUCUGUUCCUUAGAUCUCUCAUCUCUGUUCCUUAGAUCUCUCAUCUCUGCUAACACUACAUCCACUGCUCUCAGGGGUCUUAGAUCUCUCAUCUCUGCUAACACUACAUCCACUGCUCUCAUGGGUCUUAGAUCUCUCAUCUCUGCUAACACUACAUCCACUGCUCUCAGGGGUCUUAGAUCUCUCAUCUCUGCUAACACUACAUCCACUGCUCUCAUGGGUCUUAGAUCUCUCAUCUCUGCUAACACUACAUCCACUGCUCUCAGGGGUCUUAGAUCUAUCUCAUCUCUGCUAACACUACAUCCACUGCUCUCAUGGGUCUUAGAUCUCUCAUCUCUGCUAACACUACAUCCACUGCUCUCAUGGGUCUUAGAUCUCUCAUCUCUGCUAACACUACAUCCACUGCUCUCAGGGGUCUUAGAUCUCUCAUCUCUGCUAACACUACAUCCACUGCUCUCAGGGGUCUUAGAUCUCUCAUCUCUGCUAACACUACAUCCACUGCUCUCAGGGGUCUUAGAUCUCUCAUCUCUGCUAACACUACAUCCACUGCUGGGAUCCCCUGGAUCCAGGCCUGUGGGAUCUAAUAUGAGAGGGCUGUUGAUUAGAUGAGGCCAGUAGCACUCACACAUUGCUGGGCUAUAGUGGUGUAGUUAACCAUUGACUGACUGAGUCUCUCCUACCUAUAGAUAACACACACCAGGCUCAUUCCCAGGUUUCAUACAGUACAGCUGGACACACACCACCCAGGCUGGCUCCUUGGUGAUGUGAUAAAUAAUAGACUUGUCUCUGAUCACAUGGACUGGCUACUGAAUAAUUUAUCCCCUUCUCUCCCUUCGACCUCCUCUUUCACCUCCUCCUAGUCCGGCCUUGGCUGCUCUCUCUUUCUCUGCAGUAGACAUGGAACUGAGGUAAAGCUUCUGUAUCUGCCCAUUCUCCUGGGGAAAGCACCAAACGGAGACCUCAGAGCAAACUUCUACUCCAGAACAGUGUUCAUUGAAGCUGGCAUGGAUACCCUCUGACAGAGAGAGAGACAGACAGACAGAGAGAGAGACAGACAGAGAGAGAGAGAGAGAGAGAGACAGAGAGAGAGCCAAAUGAGAGGGAAAUAAUGAUAAAGGAAUAGAUUGGAGAAAACACAAACACAAACACACACCCAUCCCGUUCCCACCGCUAUGGCAGAAUGGCUGAGGCGUGUGUCCUGGGGAGAUGCAUGGUACAGCCUAUACUCCCGCCUGCUCAGGACCAAACCUGUGGGCAGGAUGGGUCAGGGGUCAGAGGUCAGCGACGAUAUUACAGAGGUAGGGGGGCUGGCUAGGGUCCUGACGACAGCUGACCUGGUGUCGCUAGGGGUGGGGAGCUGCGUUGGCACAGGGAUGUACGUGGUUGCCGGGCUGGUUGCUAAGGAGAUGGCGGGGCCAGGAGUGAUCCUGUCCUUCUUCAUCGCUGCUGUGGCUUCUAUACUGUCAGGUGUAUGUUAUGCAGAGUUUGGCGUGCGUGUCCCUAAGACAACUGGGUCAGCCUACACCUACAGCUAUGUCACAGUGGGGGAGUGUACGGCCUUUUUCAUUGGCUGGAAUCUGAUCCUGGAGUACCUGAUUGGUACUGCAGCCGGGGCGUCGGCUCUCAGCAGCAUGUUUGACUCGCUGGCCAAUCACAGCAUCUCGAGCUACAUGAUAACACACCUGGGGACACUCAGAGGCCUGGGUAAAGGGGAGGAGUCGUACCCUGACGUCCUGGCCAUGGCCAUAUCGCUGGUUGUCACGGUGAUUGUGUCAUUAGGGGUCCGUAACUCGGUAGGGUUGAAUAACGUUCUGAACAUGGUCAACCUGGUGGUGUGGUGCUUCCUGAUCAUCUCUGGACUCUUCUUUCUCUCCGCUGACAACUGGGAGGCGGGGAACUUCCUGCCCUACGGAUGGUCCGGGGUGAUGAAGGGAGCGGCCACUUGUUUCUAUGCCUUCAUAGGGUUUGACAUCAUCGCUACGACUGGAGAAGAAGCCAAGAGUCCCAACACCUCUAUACCCUAUGCUAUUACUGCUAGUCUGAUAACCUGCCUGACCGCAUACGUCUCUGUGUCUGUGGUCCUGACUCUGAUGGUUCCUUAUGACCUGAUCGAUGGUUCAGCUCCACUGAUGGAGAUGUUUGCAGUGCAUGGGUUCCUGCCGGGGAAAUACAUAGUGGCUGUAGGAUCUAUAGCUGGCCUCACUGUCAGUCUAAUGGGCUCCCUGUUCCCCAUGCCCAGGGUCAUAUACGCUAUGGCUAGAGACGGACUGCUCUUCAGGUUCCUGGCCAACGUUUCUCCGUACACUCACACUCCAGCAGUAGCAUGUCUGGUGUCUGGCUGUCUGGCUGCUCUCAUGUCUCUCCUAGUCUCCCUUCAAGAUCUCAUAGAGAUGAUGUCUAUAGGAACUCUACUGGCUUACACCCUGGUCAGUGUGUGUGUCCUGCUGCUGCGCUACCAGCCCGACACAGACACACACAACUUCCUGCCUGGGGAGGAAGAGGAGGGGCCUAGGCAGAAAGAGGGCGUGAUGGCGGAAUGCGAUGACGGAACUCUGCCCACCAACGACGACCAGAUGUUGAUUGGAGGAUCAGACUCAUCGACCUUUGACCCUGACAGCUCCGGCUACCAAUCAAGCGGUGUUGCAGGUGAACCUGGUGACUCUGGCAGCUUCCACACCGGCCCCUCCUCGCUGUUGAAGAGGGUUCUGGGUAGUCGUUACUCCACCCUGCGUGUCCGCCUGGGGAUCCCUGACGCCUCGGCCCGUCCCACCCCGUCCUCCGGUCGCAUGGUGACACGCUGCACCCUCCUCCUCUUCCUCCUCUCCUUCCUCCUCUGGGCCACUGUCAUCUUCGGCGUGGAGCGAGGGACCGGUGCGGGCUCGGCCAUUUCAGGGAUCGUAGCAACACUAUUGGCGGGCAAAAUAGCAACCAUACUGGUGGUGAUCGUGCGCCAGCCUGAGAGUGGGCGGAUCCUGCCCUACAUGGCGCCGUGCGUGCCGUUUGUCCCCGCGGUGGCCAUCUUGGUAAACUCCUACCUGAUGCUGAAACUGUCGCCACUCACCUGGGCACGCUUCGCUGUCUGGUGCACUCUGGGUAUACUGAUCUAUGGUUGCUAUGGGAUAUGGAACAGCUCUUUGGAGAUCAGCACCAGAGAGGAACAGGCUCACGCCAGCACCUACCAGCGAUAUGAUGACCACCUUGACGACACCUUCUCCCCUGACAAUGACCUUGACCCCCAGGACAACCAGGAAGAGGGGCGCUACCAGGGUUGGUCAGCGGAGAAGGGCUACCACUACCAGCAAAACCAGGAUCAGAACCAGGAUCAGGGGGGUGACCAGUACCAAAACCAGUAUCAAGAUGGCAACCAGUACCAGGAUGGCAACCAGUACCAGGAUGGCUCCCAGUACCAGAACCAGUCAGGUUAUCAGUCCGGCCCUCAGGGCUCCUCUAUGGGAUCCAGGGGAAGAACCAAUCAGGGCUACACAGAUCCACAGGAACCCGAGGGCUCCUCUUGUGAUUGACAGCUGCAGCGGAACACACCUACUUCCUGUUUCACUGGGCACUAGAGGAUAGGAAGGGCAGAGGGCUCCUGAAUCCCUCAUCAAGCCCCACACCAUAGGCACUUGAGUAGACCUGAGAGGACAAGGAUAAGUGAGCUAUAUGGCAACCAUUCCACCUGGUCUAACACUGCAUUAUAAACAUACACACAACAUGCUGUGUUUAAAAUCAACCAAUCUAUCUAUCUGACAGUCAAUCAAUUAUACUGGAGCAAACAUGCUCUUUUACUACCUAUUAGUCUGACUCCUCUGGUGUGACAUUGUACAUGGAUGAGUUGGUUGGAAAAUAUUUAAGAUUAUUUUGUUUUAAGAGUGUGAUCAUUCAAAAAAGAAAGUAUUUAUUGUUGAAUCAGAGUGUGUAAAUGUGUGCAGAAAGAGUGAUCUGUGUUUUGCUGUUGUCUGAUAAAUUGUCAAUAAAACAAAUACAUCUGAGAGAA